CUACACCGCCGCCGCCGGUCGCAACACACGAUUUACGGGGCCAUACGCGCACGCACACCGGACGCAGCACGACGUGGUACGACCGCGAGACCACGACACCGCGCGACCGACGACGGUUUCGUUUCCGCGGAUUUUCGUCGGGUGGAAAAAAUUUCCAGUCGAACCGACGCACUCGUCGACCGCGACAAAAACACCCACCCCGGACAAUAUUUUUAUUAAUAUAAUAUUAUCACGUCGUUAUUAUUGUCAUAUACCUGUCACCACCGUCCUCGGACCGCGUUUUUCCUGGUGCUUUGAGGGCGCCUCCGCGGUACAUAUAAAUAUUUAUAUAUAUUUUAAUAAGUUCUUUACUCGGUUAUCGUUUUACCAUACGAUCGGUUCCGGCGGUCAGUCGCCGGGAAAAAAACCGGGCAAACCGCGACCCAUUAUAAUAAUAAAAUAUUUCGAAAAAAUAUCGAUUUCCCUAACAAACUCGCAACGGUCUUCGCCUUUAAUCGCCGUCGACACGUUAUCGCCGAGUGGUGCAGGUGGUGGUCGUCGUUUGAAAAUAUACAUAUUAUUAUUAUUAAUGUUUAUGUAAUAAAUAUUCUCCGAGAUAUUGUACGAUAAACGUAAGCGUAUUUCGUCGCAAAGCCGACUUCGACUCUGUCCAAGGCGAUAAUAUUCACACUGCCGAUGCUUAAACGAUUCGUACGAAACGAGAUGUCCGUCGUGAUUUUGUGCAGAGCGCGGACCCGAUGGCUCACGAAUUGAUGGCAACCGACGGCCGCGAUGCUGCCCGUAUCCAUACAGAUGCGCAUCCUGUGGACGUUCGCGAUGGGCACCGUGUUCGUGGUGCUGUUGCAGUACCAGACGUCCGGCGCCUGGUCCCCGCAACAGGGCCAACCCGCGGCCCGGCCCGACCCGGUGGCCGAGAGCCUGGUGUCGUUGGCCCUGUCCAAAGUCGUGGUGGACGAGGACGCGGGCGUCUCCCGGGACUUGCUGAUGGGUAUCUCCCGGCAGAUCGCCAGGUACGUGGUGUACAGCGCCAGUUGCAGCGGCGGCGGCGGCUUCGUCGGUAACGGCUUCGGCGGAGGUGGCUACGGCGUCGGCGGCGGCGGCUUCGGGGCGGCCACCGUCGAACCGAACACCAUUUUCGUCAUCACGCCCACGUACCGGCGGCCCGAGCAGGUGGCCGACCUCACCAGGCUGGCCCAAACGCUCAUGCUGGUCAGGGACAUACACUGGCUGGUCGUCGAGGACUCCAACACCAAAUCGCCGCACCUCGCGGUCCUGCUGCAGUCGUUCGGCGUCAGAUACAACCAUUUGAUCGCACCGAUGCCGGAAAGAUUUAAAAAAAUCCGUGGUGCCAAACCCAAAGGUGUGGCCAAUCGGAAUCGAGGUCUAAAAUGGAUACGACAGAACGCCGUCGAAGGCGUAGUGUAUUUCGCCGACGAUGAUAACACUUAUGACGUCAGAUUGUUCAAUGAGAUGCGUUAUACGCAAAAAGUAUCCAUGUGGCCCGUAGGAUUGUGCACAAGGACUGGCCUAAGUACACCAAUUGUGAAGAAUGGCCAGUUAAUUGGGUUUUACGAUGGUUGGAUCGCAGGCAGGAAGUUUCCAGUCGAUAUGGCUGGGUUUGCGGUUAGCGUCAAAUUCCUACUAGAAAGGCCUGAUGCUCAAAUGCCCUAUAAACCAGGAUUCGAAGAAGAUGGGUUUUUGAGAACCUUAGCUCCCUUUGAACCUCAUCAAAUUGAAUUAAAAGCAGAUAAUUGCACCAAAAUACUAGUGUGGCACACACAAACGAAGAAGAAUGAACCAUCGCUGAAAGUGGACAAGGAAAAAUACAAAAACACAAACAUUCUUCGCUUAAAGGACAUCAUAGUCUGACACAUUAAAAGCCAUCGUAGUCGAAGGAUUUUGGUUGAAAACUGUUUUUUUUUAUAUACCUAUGCCAUGUCGUAUACACAUACGAUUUGUUUUAGCCGUGAUCUGAGAUUUGCUCAAUCACGGUUUUUGAUUAGUAUAGUUUUCCCGGGCAUUAUGAUUUCGUCUUUCCUUUGUCUUUUUAUUUAUUUGCGCCCUCAAUUUUUGUAGAUACAUUUCGUAACUUAAAUUAUCUAUUGUUUAUAAGUUAUAUGUACAUUAUUAUUAUUAUUAUAAAAUGCUAUUUUUUUAUUUUGUUAACCGAUUUGUUUUCUCAAAAUACUAGUCAGUCAUGUUCCCUGUCAUAGCUGGAAAGGUAGGAGUGAGGGACACUCGGUCUUACGUUUAUUAAUCAGUACUUUUAUUAUUAUUAUUAUUUUGUAGUUUUCGAUAAAGCUGAUGUACCGAACUCGCACAUUAUUUGGAACGCUAAAAAAAUAUGAAAAGUAUGACAUUCGGCUGAUUGUUAUUUUUCUAAGCCUAGGUAUAUAAUCCAACAAACCUAAAGGAAAAAUGAACUUUAUUUUAUGUAACUAUUUAUAUUGAGUUUAGUAUUUUUAGUCGCAAGAUUAUUUUUAUAAAACAAGAAUAGGUAUUAUUACUAAGUUGUGGUAACCGAUCGGUAGGAUCCGAUCUUAAUUACCAAAUGGCAGAAACACGUAGGUAACCGAUAUGUACCUGCACUGUAACUUCUGAAUAUCUUUUUUGUGAUGUACGUAGUAUUGUAAUGUAUUUUCGACUACGUGCCGCAUAGACGAAUGCCAAACGUGCGGUAUAAACCGAGAUAAAAACACACGCGUGAGUAUAGAUAGUGACCGGGCACGGAUUAAGAGAGAUCUGGAAGUGACAAUUCGCGUAUUAGCAUAAUACGUGUUGUAUAAUAUAUUACACACAAUUUUCCUCGUACACUCUUCAUUUCAAAAGUACCUUCACAUAUUGUUAAAUUUAUCUUCUAUUUUUUGGGGGGUAUAACACGUGUUUGUUAUUAAUUUGCAUAAAAAAAUUAGUGUUCUUCGAAAAAAUGUUCAAGUAAUAUGUUUCCCAAGAACCGUCCCUGAAUAUAACGACUGCGACGAGUCCUGUUAGUACUAAGCUUGUGUAAUCUAUUAUUGCAUAUACCUUACUAUAGUCGUCGAACGUUUUAUUUUCUUGAUUGUACAUUUGUCUCUGUGUGGUUUGGGAAAUUUAGUAUUAUGCGUUUGGGCAAUUUUAAAAUUUGUAUAACAAUAAUUUUUGAUGCGAGUAAUUAAUGAAUUGUUCUUCUAUAACCUACAUUUUCUAUCGAUACGCCGAAAUAAAAAGAUCCGUUUUUAAACGGUUAGAUUCAAUAAAAACAAAGUUUUCAAUCGAAAAACAUUAUGUUUAUUUAUUUUUGUUAUAUAAAUGUAGUCAGUUUUAAGAUCAACGUUUAUAUCCGAUCACUAUACAUGUGUGACUGAAUUUUUUUAUAAUUCACUGAUAAAAUUUAUUAUAACAUAAUGACAUUUGAUAAAUCUAUAAAAUAUAAAUAUUAGUCAAUAUUUCUGGUCACGAAAUAAAAUUGAUAAUACAAUUUUAUCAUAGUUGCUCAAGUGCAUAGGAUAAACAACCAAAUACUUAAAGUUCCCAAUACUGUAUAAGACCGCUGCCGGGACUUCGUAGGUACCUACGUGGUUCUAUAUAAUUACGAACGUUAUCGUGUUCCGAGUAAAAUAUUAUAGUACAUAAUAAUAAUGACCAUUCUUGACGACUAAAGUGUUUUUUCUGCACCAUUAGAACACCGUCAUAAGUCUCAACUACCAAGAACUUUUGUCCGACACCGAUAACACACCAGUUAACUGUUCAGAAGGUAUUAACAGUUAACCAUAAAAUGUGUAUUUUUUACUAAUUUUUUUCAUGAAAAAUUGAUAAACAAAUUUUUUUCACUUUUUUUUGUCUACACAUUAUUUUUAUUACAACAAUAUGCAGCCAAAUAAAUUUAACGAAAAUAAAAAUUCGAUAUUGUUGACUGCCGUGUUGUAGUCUUCUGCGUGUCCCAUAACAAUACGUAAUAUUAUUUGUACGAUUGCGUUUUGAAAAGUCCUUUAACUAUUUUACCGAUGUCAACUUAAAGUACCAUACCUUAAAAGAACACGUUUCGUAGAAAUCAAAUUUCUGUUAACGUUUACGGCUGCCUUUAUAAUCGCUUUAUGUAUACUUUGACAAUGCAAAAUAUUUCUUUAAUUUUAAAGGGGCGGAAAGAUUAAGGAUAAAGGAAAUUCGUCAAAUGGGAGUUGAAAAAAAUUACGCCAACGCGAUCGCACCAGCGGCUAACAUUAUUAUAUAACAUUAUUUUCGUAAGGCAAACGCUCGAGACGUACCUACUUAUAACUAAUCAACUCAACCCCGAGUAUAGUAGCGGUAUCAUAAAAACUUACAUAAAAUAUAAAAAAUAGGAGUACACUUACAGCAACGUUUAAAAAAUGACAAUCGCGUUUAUUGAAUUUUGUUUAAAACACGACCGUACAUAGGUACUUUUUUUUACGAUUUCAUUAAAAAUUACGAGAACAAUACAAACAUAUUGUUUUCAUUUGCCGAGGUUGUAAAACAGGGUAUGCGUAAUUAUCGCUGCAAGCGGGCUAUCGAGCAUUCGUCGUUUAAUACAUGCGCCUGGACUGAGAUUGUAGUGGACAAUACGCGACAGACAGACAACGUACGAUAGGUAGGUAAUAGGAAAACGUUUACCGACCAGCGAUUUUAAUUUGGCAAAUACACUCGCGGUGGGGACGGUUGUAAAAAGGGCUGCUAAUGGAAUAAGAACACCGCGUGCACUACUUGACUGCCGAUUUUUCACACAUUCGGUAAAAAGGUGCACUACACCCUACUUAAAGACAAGAAAGGGCAUAAUUGAUGAUUUCAUGUACAGAUUAAAUCGACGGACUAUUGGAUUUUAUGUAUAAUGUUUUAUAUAUGGUAGAUUAAAUUGGCCUAAACGCCUCUGUGUAAUAUAAUACUAUGUAUUUUAUAUUACACGAUUCCUGAUUAUGUAGUGAUUUUUGUCCUAAUUAUUAUAGUUUGGAAGUUAAUCAAAAUAUUUGUAAUCUAUCAAUUAUUAUUCAAAUUAAGUUUUAAAAUGUAAUAAUUUAUAUAAUACGCAACAAAGAUAUUACUCUGGAAAUUGUUGUAGAAAAUAUUUAUCAAGUUUUCGGUACGUAACUUUGGGUACCUACUUUAUGUACUUAUGAAAAAUACUUAGUAAAAAAUAUAUAUAGGUAUUGACUUUAAAGAAAUUAGUUGCAACUUGAAUAGGUGGUUAUGACUGUAUACGAUAGUCGAAAAUAUUUAGAUAAUAUGUAUCUUAAACGAAUAGUAUAAUUACUAUUUUUAAAUGAUCGUCGGCUUAUCUACUUAUGUUUUACCUAAUUUGUAUUAAAUAGUUCACAUUAAUUACAACUGAAAUCAAAUCAUUUAUAUUAGUCAAUGCAGUACCAGCUACUAUAGGUAGCUAAUUUUUAGAUAAUCUCGGGCGACCAAAUAUUAAUUAUUGGUAUAAUAUUAUAAUAUUAUAUUAUAUGAAAACUACUCAUUUAUAUUAUAAUGGAUUAUAAUUAGAGUAACUUUUAACACUUGUACAAUUAAUCAUAUUUCCGUGCUUCGAAGUUUUUAUUUUUUAAUUUAUACUUAUGUAUGUGAUUAUUUAUUUAUUUAUUAAUUUUAAUUCCAAUGUUUUAUUUUUAAAUCAUCAUUUUCAAACAUAUCCAACAUUUUUUGACCAUAUCAUCAAAUUUUAAAACCUAUAAAUAAUGAUUAAAGUGUAUUUUAUUUUAUUUUAUUAUUAUUACUAGGUAUAUAAUAUUUUUUUUCCUAAACAUUGUUGUUUUAGUUAAUUGUUUUUUUUUUUUUAAUAAUAUGUUAAGAAUAUUUUACAUUGUACAAUUCAAAAUACAACAUUAUUUUGAUAUUAUAUAUAUUUUACUGACUCAAUGACAUUUAGAAAAAAUAAUAUAAUAUCAUAUAUAGUUAUUAUUGUAAUAUAUUAUAUAAUGUGUAGAUAAUAUCAUUUUUUCAUACAUUUCACAGUAGUUUUCAAAAAUGUAAGAAUGUAAGAUUAAUGAUUAAUGUGAUAUUGGCACUCUAAAUAAUAUCUUUUGUUGUAUUUGCAAUGAAUUCUUGGAAUAUUAUAUUAUCGUUUAUAAAGCACAAAUAAUAAGCAAACAGGGUGCCAUAAAAUAAACUUGAUAAAAGUUUUGCAUGUGAUGAUCGUAGAUGUUGUCAAUCGUCUUCGUCACACAACAUAUUUUUUUACACCUUUUUAUCAUUAUAUUAUACUAAAAUAAUCUAACUUGUAUUACUAUUAUUUAAAAAAAAUUAUACGAUUCAAGUAUUAGUACAACAAUAAUCCAAAUUCAACUAAUUGGUUUCUCUUGGCAAGAAUUGAUUUAUUAAUCUCUAUAGUGUAGUUACCUAUUUUAUUUUUAAUAUAAUAUUGUUUAUCCAUCAUCAUAGAAAUAAUUAAAAAUAUCGAUUUAAUGAUUAGGUUAACAAAACAAUAUUAAGUAUAUUUUAAGUUUAAAUAUUUAAUUUUUAAACUCAUCAAUAGAAUCAUACUUUAAGCUACCUAUAGUCAUUGAAUUAUAUCACAUACUAGUGUACUCGUACUUCAGCUACACUUACAUUUACCUAUAUUUAGACUUAUCAUUAACACCGAAAACUGUAGAAUAACUUAUGACGUACCCAACAAUAUUGAUGAUAAAUAAAUUAUGAAUUUUAUACCUAUAAUAAUUAUUAAAAAAUUAUAGGUACUAUACAAUAUACAUAAUACUCAUUUAUAAAAUAAUAUUUUGAUUUUUAAAUUGACUUGCUUUAUUUAGCAUAUAUCAAAAAUCAAAUACAAUGCAUUUAAAUUAAAUUUAUUAUUAUUAUUAUUAUUGAAAUCAAAAUUAUUUUCUUUAUAUCCUUCGUAAAUAUUUCUCCCUUUACAUCACACCAAAAUUUGUAAUUUUCAUUUACCACGUAUACAUGUGUAACUUAACAAAAACAUGUAGCUACAUCAUCGAUUUUUUCAACUAAUUUAUAGUUGUAAAAAGAUUUUAGAGCAAAAAUAAAAUUAAACAACGUUUUUAACAGUGCUUAAUUGAUUUGAGAAUUUCCAUUAAAAAAUCUUACAUGUGUAUAAGUUAAUAAGUUAUUGUUUGUGAUGUUGGAAAAUUUGAAUAUCCAGCGUAUUACCUUAUUAAUCAGAAUAAAAAUAUAAACAAUUAAAUUCACACGGAAAUAAUGUUUUUUUUCAUUUUGACUAUGCAUAAUAUUUUUCUGUAUUUUAACACUAAAAUAAUUUUACAAAUCGAUAUAAUAAUUCGGCGUAAAUUUGUUUUAACGUCAUUUAUUAUGCGAAUAAUGAAAAUGAAAAACCUUUAAUCGUCGUCUUCUUAAAUCAAUUCCAAUCGAUAUAGAUAUGGAAAUCGAUUGCUCAUUCAAAAUAAAAAAAAGCACUGAACUAUAAUUUUACUUGCUUGAACUUAUCUUUUGACGAUAACAAUGAUUGUGCUUGUUAUUUAUUAUUUAAUACGUAAUUGAGAUCUGUAAUUUAAAAUAAAUCAUUUAAUCCACGUAUCUACUCGUUCAAGAGACGAGUUUAAUUACAAAUCAAUAUUUUCAUUUAUACGAUCACAAUAUACGUAAAUCAUUAAACUAUUUAUCAACUAUUAAUUAUAUUGUUGUACCAUGAACCGUUUGUUAAUUUAUUUAAGUAUACUGUAUAGUUGGUUUGUAUGAUCGAUAUAAUAUAUUGUACAAAACUACGCGUAAUAUACCUAUAUAAUAAUGAAUAAAGAUACUGUGUAGGUAUAUAUUAUUAUAUUAUAUACAUAUUUAUAAACAAUGACAAUUUUUUGUAAUUAUUUUUUCUUGCAUAAACAUUUGUAUGGUUUCACUUAUAUACUUACUGAAAUGGCGUACCUAUAUUGUCUUUGACUAGGUCCAAACAUAUUAUAAGAAUGAUUUUGUAAUGAACAAUAAUUUUUAAAUGAAAAAAAAACUCAAUAAACUUCCGCUUGAUAUAA